AUGGGAGGGAAAUUAACCGUCGGAACCAAUGACCAUGUUGUCAUCGUUGGUGGUGGAUUUGGAGGGAUCGCUGCAGCGAAACAAUUGUCAAACUACAGGAUCCCUUACACACUAAUUGACAUAAAGUAUGCCUUCCACCACAACAUGGGAGCUCUCAGAGCAUCGGUACAGGAAGGAUUUGCUAAGAAAACAUUCAUAUCAUAUGAUCCGACAUUCAAAGCGAACUACAAACAAGGCAAAGUCAGUGCUAUUGAUCUGAAAGACCAAGAUGUCAUCAUGGAAAAUGGAGAGGUCAUACAUUAUUCGUACCUUAUUCUGGCAACUGGAAGUACAGGUCCCUUUCCUGGGAAGUUAAUUGAACCAGUUAGUAGAGAGACUGCCAUCCAGAUGUACGAAGACUUGGUAAAGGAGAUUCAGAAAGCUGACACAAUUGUUGUAGUUGGAGGCGGGCUUGCCGGUGUAGAAUUGGCAGCGGAGAUCAAAACCGACUACCCCAAAAAAGAGGUGACAUUAAUUCAUUCCACUUAUAUUCUUGGCGAUUCUGAAGUUUUACCCAGUGUUAGGAGAGGAGUAAAAGAAAUUCUGGUGAAUAAAGGGGUCCACCUUCUUUUAGGACAUAAAGUCAAUAACCUGACAGAACUCGUUCUGAAUAAGGCUCAGAAAGACAUUAAAGUGGUGACAAACAAGGGGCAAGAGAUCAUAACAGAUAUGGUUAUCUGUUGCACUGGAAUAAAGAUUAAUUCAUCUGCAUAUGUCAAAGCACUCCAAGGUAACCUCACUGAACAUGAUGCAAUAAUAGUCGAUGAACAUUUGAACGUGAGGGGAACGAAGGUCAUUUUUGCAAUAGGAGACUGCGCGCAUGUGAAUGAACAUAAAUCAGCUUACACAGCUGAGUUCCAAGCAAUUGCGUGCGUGAAAAAUAUCAUCCACAGCCUUAAACACGAACCUAUGGAACUAUACAAACCAGGUGCUCCUUACAUGAUGGUGACAAUGGGCCGGAACGAUGGCGUUGGUCAGAUGUGUGGCUGCAACGUUGGGAAGUUAAUUGUUACUUAUGUCAAGAGCAAGGACCUACUGGUUAAAACAAGCUGGAAAAAAAUGGGCCAAAAGAUGCCAGACUGA